UUCCUACCAGGCAGAGACUGAGAGAGGGGGGCGACUGUGGUCCGGACACCCUAAAAAAAAAAAAGCCCUAUACACCGAUCGCAUACUUCACCCCCCUCUCCGGGUCUGUCUCCUCGCCCCCCACCGCCCCACAUUGUAGCAAUGUCCCACGGUGUGGCCUUCCUUUUGGUGGCAGCCACAUGGGCUGUGGUCUCCCGUGCGGAUGGGUGCAAUAAGGCGCUCUGCGCCAGCGACGUCAGCAAGUGCUUGCUGCAGGAAGUGUGCCAGUGUGAGGCCAACCGAGCUGGGUGCCCAUGCUGUCGGGAAUGUGCUUUCUGCUUGGGCAAUCUCUGGGAGUCGUGCUGUGAAUGUGUGGGGCUGUGUGACAAACGCCCCUCCUCGGCCCCCCGCCCUGCCCUGCGGAGCUCCAUGCACAACCUAAUGUCCCCGGUGCCCUCGCUCUUCCGGGCACUCAUGGCCAUCUCCGACAACGACCCUCCCAUGGGCUGGAGCAUCCUGACCCUCCCAGUCGAAGAGGAGCUGCGGCAGAACCACGCGGAGACCGGCCACCUCCUGCUGGGGCCUCACACAGGCUUGACCCUCUCAGAUGCCAAGGGCUUCAAUGCCACCGCGCCACCGUGCCAGUCCAUUUUCUUCAACGAUUGCCUGUCUAUGAGCCGGUGCCGGACGGCUUGCCAGUCGGUGGGCGCCUGGCGCUACCGCUGGUUCCACAAUGCCUGCUGCCAGUGUCUGGGGCCAGACUGCCUGGGCUAUGGGGGAGCCCACGCACAAUGUUCCAGUUGCCGGGACUGAGAUCUCUGGGGGGUCUCUUGCCCCCUCAAAAACCACCCACUCGCUUGCCCUAGCCUCUGCUUGGGCUGCCUGCCCCAGUCACAUCCAGGCUUCCUUUUCCUCCUGAUCCUGCCUCCUUCCUACUCUUCAUUCACUGAGCAAACAUGAAUGAAGCAUUUGCUUUUUCUUGCUGUUCAUUAACCUUUUUGGUUCUAUGGACCUCUCUGGACUCAUCCCUUCCCCUGCACUGGUCUACGAUGGUCCUCCCAAGCAACAGCGCCUUCUGCCCCACCUUCUCCCUCUGCUUAGAAUCAUAGAAUCAUAGAGUUGGAAGAGACCACAAGGGCCAUCCAGUCCAACCCCCUGCCAAGCAGGAAACACCUUCAAAGCAUUCUUGACAUAUGGCUGUCAAGCCUCUGCUUAAAGACCUCCAAAGAAGGAGACUCCACCACACUUCUUGGCAGCAAAUUCCACUGCCGAACAGCUCUUACUGUCAGGAAGUUCUUCCUAAUGUUUAGGUGGAAUCUUCUUUCUUGUAGUUUGAAUCCAUUGCUCCGUGUCCUUUUCUCUGGAGCAGCAGAAAACAACCUUUCACCCUCCUCUAUAUGACAUCCUUUUAUAUACAGUAUUUGAACAUGGCUAUCAAAUCACCCCUUAACCUUCUCUUCUCCAGGCUAAACAUACCCAGCUCCCUAAGCCGUUCCUCAUAAGGCAUUGUUUCCAGGCCUUUGACCAUUUUGGUUGCCCUCCUCUGGACACGUUCCAGCUUGUCAGUAUCCUUCUUGAACUGUGG